AUGGUGGAAAACUCCUAUGUCUUAUUCGCUCGUUUAUGCGUAGAGCUUUUUCACGAGCUUCCUCCACUUCCAUCAGAUGAAUCUCACGGCGAUAUUACAACUUUUGAGAGACUGUUCUUGCGCAAAUGCAGAAUUGAGCUUGAAAACGCAUCCCCUAAAACAGAACAUUUACCACUUGUUUAUGUUGAUGAAACAAACUAUUACAGAUUCAUCAAAACCGUAAGGGUUUUAGCUGAAGUUUAUAAGAAUAGCAAGAUCACAGAAACAACCCGGAAAAGUAUGAUUCAGGUGCUUAUGAAUCCCAUCUUACCACCUGAGAGGAUUACCGAUGCGAUGAAUUUAUUUCGGUCCAUCAUUGGAAAACUAGCUGACUUCCAUUUUUCUGAUGAAAAAUUCAAUCAGCUAGUUCGUAGUUCUCGGGUAGUAGAGUUGGAGGGAAAUUACAAUGAAGAAGUAAAGCUUAGGAAAGAAGCAGAAGAUGCACUUGCUAUGAAAAAGGAAGAUGUAGAGAUGAUGGAACAGUUGCUUGAGUCUUACAAGGAAGAACAAGGUAAAUUGCAACUACAAGCUAAAGCCUUGGAGCACAAGCUUGAAGCAGAGUUGAGGCAUAGGAAAGAAACAGAAACCUUGCUUGCCAUAGAACGGGAUAGGAUAGAGAAGGUAAAGAUUCAACUGGAAACUGUUGAAAAUGAAAUUGAUAAUACGCGUUUGAAGGCUGAGGAGUUUGAAAGAAAGUACGAGGGUGAGAUGAUUCUCAGGAGAGAAUCAGAGAUUGCGCUGGAGAAAGAAAAGAAAGAGUUGGAAGAAGUAAAGCUAAAGCUUGAAACCUACGAAAGAGAGCAAGAGAAUCUGUCCUCAGAGGUCAGAACUUGGCAGGACAAGUACGAGCAAGAGUCGAGUCUUCGGAAACUAAGUGAGUAUGCACUUUCUAGAGAACAAGAAGAGCUUCAGAUAGUCAAAGGACUGCUAGAAUUUUACAAUGGAGAAGCAGAUGCGAUGCGGGAAGAGAGGGACAAAGCUCUCAAAACAGCAAAAGAGCAAAUGGAAAAGCGUCAACCUCCGUCAUCGUUUUUCUGCCCUAUCACACAGGAGGUCAUGAAAGAUCCACACUUUGCUGCCGAUGGAUUCACAUACGAAGCAGAAUCUAUUAGGAAAUGGCUUAGCACAGGUCACCAGACGUCGCCGAUGACAAAUCUCCGACUUUCACAUCUCACUCUUGUCCCUAACCGUGCUCUCCGCUCUGCGAUUGAGGAGUUGGUUUGA